CAUGGGGUGGGAGGGACACAUGGGAGGAGGAGGGCACUCCUGUCUCCCAGCCCUGUCCCAGGUGAAAUAAAGAGACACAGCUGGCUGGAGAGUUUCAUUCAGGGCAAGUCAGAGACGCUGAACGGAUCGGACCCAGCUGUCCGGCUGCUGUUACACUUGCCCAUCCCGACCCAGCGGCUGCCCGUCGAAGGGACUGGCCGAGAUGAAAACCCCCCUCACUUUCCUGCUGCUGCUGCUGGGGUUGGUGCAGCCUGCCCCUGUGGUGAUGGCAGAAGACUCCCUGCUGUAUCCCUAUGGACCUGCCCAGGGCGACCGGCAGAACCCCAAAGCUGACGAUGGGUCAUCACCGGAGAUCCCCAUCUCCAUGACCUUCACCUUCUAUGGCAAGGAGCACCGUUCCCUCUAUGUGAACAACAAUGGCGUGGUGUCCUUCGGCGUGUCCGUCACCCAGUACACCCCCGACCCCUUCCCCUUGGCUGAUGGCCGCCCCUUUGUGGCCCCCUACUGGGGUGAUGUGAACAACAACCUGCGUGGGGACGUCUAUUACCGGGAGACCCAGGACCCCGAGCUGCUGCACCGCCUCACCGGAGACAUCAACCAGUACUUCCCGGCGAUCCCCUUCACUGCCACGUGGGCCUUCGUGGCCACCUGGGACCGUGUGGCCUACUACGGCUCCACCUCCCAGAAGGUGAACACAUUCCAGGCCCUGCUGGCAAACAACGGCAAAGUCACCUUCAUUAUGCUGAACUAUGGCACAAUCCAGUGGACCACGGGCACAGCGAGUGGCGGAGACGCCAACACCGGCCUAGGGGGCACUCCUGCCCAGGCUGGCUUCAACAGCGGCGAUGACAAAAACUUCUACAACAUCCCGGGCUCCCGCACCGCCGCCAUCCUCCACAUUGGGCAGACGAGCAACGUCGGGGUUCAGGGCCGCUGGGUCUUCCAGGUGGAUGAUUUCAAGGUGACGGGGGUCCCCACCGAGAGCAGCGACUGUUCGCUAUGAAUCCAGGCCUGGCUCAGAGGGGCCCUGCUGGACGCCGGCCGACCUGUCCCAGCUGCUGGAAGGAUCCAGGAUGCUGCCCCGACUGGCAGGGCGCCCCCUGCAGCCAGCCCUGGGUGUAGUGUAGCAAUAAA